AUACCUUGCCUUGGUUAAAUUUGCGUUGUGUUUUCCAAAGUGAUCAUGGCUUCCCAAUAUGACUCGUCAGGAGAUCAGCUGAAUGAUGGCGAGCUGUUUAAAUGGCAGUUAAAUGGUGGCAUAAGCUGGAUGGACAUAGCAAAUGACCUCAUCAUUGAGGCGCAGUACUCCAAACCGUACACAGGGGGCAUCACUCUCCACAACACUCCCAUGGGGGCCAUCUCCAUAGAUUUCCAGCUUAUGCAGGUGCGUCACGGAGGGAAUGUUCAGGUGCGACGCCUGAGUUCCCCUCAAGCAACAUGGAUCUGGUACUUCAAGAGCGAGGAGGGAUGGAGUCCGUUUGGAGAGACGGUUGACUCUCAGGGCAGAUGUACAAAGGUCAGCAGCUCCACUCUGGAGACGGAGUAUCAGAAGAAUCAACAGGGCUCCUACCGGUUCAACUUCAGCUCGUACACUUACGAGAUCAGAUUCAGAGACAUGCAUCAGGAAAACUUAAGGACUGGUUGUAGAAGAGAAGUCCGACGCAGGCCCUGUUUUCCUGCCUCUCAGAGUCCUGUGCAAGUUGCACUGACUCAUUCCGUGAGCGGCAUGAGCUUGUUGGAAUCCUCCGGCACCCCCAAGUGGCAGUUCAGUGGAACUGGAAACAGGUGGCACGACUUCCAACACAGGGUUGGCACCAACUUUGAGUGUUCCACAGACAGUGUCCUGAUUGAGGCUGAGUACCGUAAGAACUCACAGGGAUCCAUGACCUUCACUGUGAGCGGACAGUCCUACCUGCUAGACUUUGCCACUAUGACACAAGCCAACACCAGCAUCGGGACAGUUCGCAAGGUCCGGCGUGUAUGACAAUCUCCAAGUUUCACUUCUGGUGCUAUGGAUUAUUGAGUUAUGAAUUUAAUUGAAUUAUGGAUUACUGAAUAGAAAACAUAGAUAAGUCUUAGGGAACGAGUUGGAAUUUUGAAGUCAAGACAUUUUCUCGCCUGGAUGAAGUAUGCUGGCUUUCUCUUGCGGUCUUCUCAGUAGCCAAACACCCAGGUUCAAGUUUGACCCAGGUCAUUUCCCCCAUCCCACCCCAUCUCUCUCUCCCACUCGCUUCCUAUC